AUGUAAAAUUAAUAAUACUUUCUGUUAACUCCUUCUACUCAUUGUACUGCAAGUCCUUUAUAGAGAGAGCAUUCUUAAAAAGCUUUUUAGAAAGUAUAUGAUAUUUGUCUUAUCUUUUAAGUAAAGCUAUAUAUAUCCAGACAAUUAAAGUGAAGGAAAUGGAAUUAAAGUAAUAAAAGCUGAUAAAAAAAAGGAAAGUGCUAUUACUAUUUAUCCAGACUCUUAAAAUUCUAUUAAAUAUUAGAAUUCUUCUCAUGAUGAACUAAAUAACAUCUAUGAAAACUUGAAGUUUCUAACCUAAUAAUGUGAACAAAAAUCAAAUGAAUUAAAUGUUUUAAAUUAAAGACUUUAAGAUUUUGAGAACAAAUGGAAUUAAUUAUAAUAAAAAAACUUAGAGUACAUAAUUAUCUAUUAUAAAAGUUUAGAAGAAGAAUUGAGAAAAUAGAAAUAAAUAAGUUUAUAAAUGGAAAAUUUUAGUAAAGAAUUAGAAAAAAAGCUUUAGGUAUCAAUUACAACAACAGAAAUUCAUUGUUCUAUUGAAAACUUAUAAAUUAUCAUUAGAUAAAAGGAAAACUAAAUAUAAGAAUUAUAAUAAUUAUUAGAAAUAGAAACAGAAAAAGUUUCUAUGGAAUCAGAUAGAUUAAUUAAGGAAUUCAAAGUAAUUUUUGAGGAACAGAAAAGAUUGAAUUAGAAAUUACUUUAAGAAAACAUAUAAUUACAGAAAGAAAUUAAGAAAAUUGCAAAAAAAUAAAAACCUAAGUUAUUGGAUGAAUAAUAACUAAGAUAAAUUGUGAGUAAUUAUUAUUUGGAUAAUAAUGAAGAGUGUUUACUUAAAAUACCAGAUAAUUAAUAUUUAAAAGCUAUAAAAAUAUUAAGAGAAACUUCAUAUUAGUUGAAUACUAAUAAUAUAUAAUAAAACUAAAUGGAAUAAAAGUAAGAAAAUGAAGAGGAGAAGACAAUAAAAUAAUUAAAUUUGAAAGAACUUAAAGAUAAGUAAUAACAAUUAAUAACAGAGAUAAAAAAUUAGAUGGGAAAGUUUAUUGAUUAGAAAGUAUAAAAAAAUAUGAAAUAAUUUAGGAACAUUAAUAAGACGAUAUUUCUUAAUUUUAAUAUGAGGUUGAUGAAUUAAAAAAAGAGUUGGAAUAAGUAGAGAAUGUAAUUUAAGAAAUUCAAUAGAAUUAAUAUAUAACAUCUCACAAAUAUAAUGUUUCUUUUGAGAAUACUGAUUUUAAUUGA